UUGCCAACAUGGGAGGAGCCGGGGGGCAGGGCGCGGGCAGCUCGGGCUGUCCCGCAGGGACGGGCCACUUCCCGUCGGAAGGUGCCGGGCAGCGGCGGCAUGGGGACGGUGCGGGACGGCGGCGGCGUGACCCGAGAGCUCCUUGCCCUGCUCCUCGUGGCUCUCCUAAUUAUUGAAACACAGUGCAAAAAUGAUACUGAAGCUGUAAUAACCUCCAAUAGGAGGAUCAUUUCCAGGAGGGAAGUUAACUGCAAGGAGGAUGAAUACAGUUUAGAGACUCAGUGCUGCAAGAAAUGUAGAAGUGGUUUUGUUAAAAAUGUCUCCUGCCCAACAGAUGUUAUCAAACACUGUGCUCCAUGUCAGAAAGGAAAGGAAUUCAUGAAUCACCCUAAUGACCUCGACAAGUGUUGGAGAUGCAAAUUGUGUGACAGCAACUUUGGUUUGGAGGUUGUGAAGAACUGUACCCCAGAAGAGGACACGCAGUGUGCCUGUGCAAAGAACCAUUUCUGCAGUCCUGCGGGAUGUGACACUUGCAUUCAAUGUACCAUAUGUGAAAGCGGUGUAAUUGAAAAGCAAUGUACGGCAGCUUCAGACACUGUGUGCGGAACGAAAGCACCAGCAAUGCUGUGGUGGAUCAUUGCUUUGGGAGUUUUGCUAGUACUACUAGCAAUAAUAGCUGGAGCAAUAGUCUGGUACAAGAGAAAACAGAAGGGUCUUACAAUCAAUAAGGACCGAUGUAAUGGAGUUUAUGAAAAAGGGAAUGAACCUCUCAUAGAUGUACCUCUCAUAGUUCCAGAUGUUGACCUGAGCAGCCACAUUCCUGAUAUUGUGGCAGAGAUGACACUCACAGAAGUCAAGACAUUUGUUCGUCACCGCGGUGUACCAGAACCUGUCAUAGACCAGAGCAUUCAGGAUUUUCUUGGUGAUACAUCUGAACAGAAGAUUAGGCUGUUUCGAGUCUGGUAUCAAAGAAAUGGGAUGAAGGGAGCCUAUGGAACCCUAAUAAGCAGCCUGAGAAAGUUAAAAAUGUGUGCUGUAGCUGAUAAAAUUGAGCAAAAUCUGAAGGCAGCCAUUUCCAGCUCUCAGGAAGGGGGACAGUCUUAUAAUCCUGACACUGAGCAAAGCAAAACUUGCACUCAGGAGGGUGGAAACUCUGACAAUGAGAGUGCUGAGCUAAGUAAAGCCUCUACUGCUAGUUUGGAAGGGACCUUGCACAGAGUAACUUGAAAAUUAUUUCUGAAUGAGUAUUUCUCUAAUAUAAAUAACAAAGUUUUAAAAUGGCAUCUUCAUUGGCAGUUCUGAUUGAACUCAAGUAAGUUAUUAUAUGCAAAAGGAAUAACUACAAAUUUUUACAUAUCUUUCCUUUAAAAAAAGUUCUAGCCUUUUUUUGGUUGUUAAGGACUUGAAGUUUUUUGACUUGUUUACUAAAAGGUGCAAUAUUAGACUCCAGCUAUAGGAUCCAUUACAAGAGGAAAGAAGUUAUAAUUUGAAGAAAAGGAAUAGUUUAAAUGCAAGGUCCUGCAUUAUUUAAUCAAUGUAAGGUUCUGCAUACAUCAAAAACAUAGGCUGUGCUGUUUUUUUUUUUUUUCCUUUGAAGGGAAAGCUCUGGUGUUAUGAGUCUACAAAGUGUACAGGAAGAGUACUUGAAAAAAAAAAGUUACCUGCCUUACACCUGAUUAAUUUGAAAUAUAGGUGUUGCUGUGUAGAUUCUACUCUGCUGCAAAUACAAUUUCUAUUUUUCAUAAAAGCACUUUUGUGUGUAUAUGGAGUUUUGUAUAUGUGUGCAAGUUUUCUAUACAAAAAGCUCCCAGUUCUAGGUAAAAAUAAUUAUCUCUGUUGUUCUCAGCAAUGUUUGUAAGCCUCUUCUAAUGUCUGAAACCUUCAAAGGAAUAGGAGCUGAAGGGUUAGCAGCACAGCAGAACCAUCAUUUCUGGAAGGCAACCUUCAGAGUGGAUGAUGCUUUUCUAAUGCAGAAAUUAAUACAAUUGAAGCAUCUUCUUCAUUAAAAAAAUAAAAACUGCAUAAAA